AUGUCUAGACCAGGUAAUACUCCUUAUGAAGGAGGUACUUUUAAUGCUGAAUUAUUAUUACCAGAUUAAUAUCCGAUGAACCCUCCAAAAGUAGUAUUUUGCACAAAAAUUUAUCAUCCUAAUAUAGAUAAUUUGGGAAGAAUUUGUCUUGAUAUUUUAAAGGAUAAAUGGUCUCCAGCUUUGUAAAUAAGAUCUGUUCUUUUAUCCAUUUAAGCUUUACUUUCUUCCCCGAACCCUGAUGAUCCUUUAAAUAAUGAAGCAGCCGAAUUAUGGAAGAGAAACGAAUAAUAGGCUUUAUAAAUUGAUUCAGAACUUUCAGACUUAAAAUAUAAAUCGAAUCCAAAUAUGACAUCAAAACAUUAAUAAGAGACAACAGACGUUUAAAUUUCCGACCCUGAUUAAGACCCUAGAUAUAUAGCAUUAAAAAAAAACGAAAUAAGUUAAUUAAUAAAGGAAGGUAAAUUAUCCUAAGAUGUAUAUAGAGGAAAAAAUUAUGGUAUUUAAUAUAAUUAAAAAAGCGAAGAAUAAAUAAGAAAUGCCAAAUAUACAGGUACAUUAGGUCCUAUAAAGGCUUCUUCGAAUAAUGUAAGGGUAACUUGCAGAUUCGAUUAUAAUCCGAGCCUAUGUAAGGAUUAUCAUGAUACUGGGUAUUGUGUUUUUGGAGAUUCUUGCCUUUAUUUGCAUGAUAGGGGAGAUUAUAAGAGCGGAUGGGAGUAGGAAUAAGACUGGGAAAAUUAAAAGAAAAAAAAAGAGAAAUAAAUUCAAAAUGGGAAAGAAGUUAUAAAUUAGGAAAUAGAAGAAAUUCAAGAAGAAUUAGGAAAAUAUGAAGUGCCUAAAAUAUGCCAUAUAUCGAAUUCUUAAACAACUUAAGCCCCAUAUUCAUAUUAAUAUUUCGUCUAAAAAGACUAAGGAAGUGCUGGCCCACGUUUUAUUAGGCCUUCAAUAUAUUCCUUUGCCACAGAUCCCAAUUUAAUAUAAUAAACAGGAAUUCCUUAAGGCUGUAUAAUAACUCCAUUUGCCGAAACAGAAGAAAAUGUCCAAAUAAUAGACUGUUCCUAACCCAAUACAUGUAUGUUAAGAUGCUCGAGAUGCCACGGAUAUAUAAACCCAUAUUUUAUAUUUACAGAAGGGGGAAAUACAGCCAUAUGUAAUUUAUGUAAGUAAACAAAUAAAGUUCCGAAUGAAUAUUUCGCACCUAUUAAUGAUUUGCAAGAAAGAACAGAUAAACUACUCAGACCUGAACUUUCUAAAGGAGUAUACGAAUUUAUUGCACCUUUAAACUACCCUCGGAAAGAUAUUUAAUAAAACCUGAUUAUGCUUUGUUUAGAAAUGACUCCUGUGUCAAUACAAUCAGGCGUUUUUGCCCAAGCUUUACAUACAAUAAGGAGUGUUUUGGACUCCUUUACUAUUCCUGAAAGGACUUCUUUAUCUUUAUGUACUUAUAGUCAAUAGUUGAACUUUUAUAGUAUCCCUAAAGAUUUGAACAAUGAUCCAUAGUUGAUUGUUAUGGCAGAUUUAGACGAUCCAUAUUGUCCUUUUCCGAAAAACGCUCUUUUUUUAAACAUUUAAUAAGAUAGGGAAAAAAUCGAGUAUUUAAUCGAAAAAUUACUCAAUAAUAGUUAAAAUAUACUACAAAAUACCGCAUAAGGCCAAUUUUUUGUCAAAACGGCAUCCAUAGGAGCUGUUAUAUAGUCCAUAUAUAGCAUGUUAGAAGAAAAUCCUUGCAAAAUAAUCGCUUUUACGUCCUAAUUAUCUUAAAUUGGGUUCGGGAAAUUAAAAAGAAGGGAUGAUGUAAAGAUUAUGGGUGGUGAAUAGGAGAAGAAUUUGUAUAUUCCUUAAUGUAAUUCAUAUAAGGAAUUAAGUUAGAAUUUAUUAAAAAAGUCUAUUUCUGUCGAUCUUUUUGUUUUUGCGCCUGACUAUUGUGAUUUGGCUACUAUUUCGUUAUUAUUGACUGUUACGGGAGGUUCUUUAUAUUAUUUCCCGUAGUAUAAUAGUGCUUAUGAUGGGGAAAAAAUACAUUAUUAAUUAUUCAGGAUUUUGACCAGGAAUUAUGGCCAAGACUGCAUUAUGACUUUAAGAGCUAGUCCCGGUAUUAUUUUGGAGGAGUUUUUUACCGGAAAAGGCAAAGUUUCAGUCCGUGAUUUAUAAAUGAGUGCUUUGGACAGUGACUAGAGUAUAGAAAGUGAGUAUUGGGAAUAAAUUAGUGUCGGAAGUGUAACUAAUGAUGAUAAAGUACUCAUGCCAAAUACUAUAGCGGCUUCAGUAGAUAAACUAAUAUCUAAUGGGAUAUAUUUAAUUGAUAAUGGGGAAGUAAUUUACCUUUAUGUUUAAAAAGAUGCUAGUUUAGAGUUUAUAGAAGGAUUAUUAGGAGUUUAAGAAUAUGAAUAAAUUAAGGGAGUUUUAUAAUUCCCAAAUUUCCCAGAAAAUUAAAUUUCGUAAAAAGUUAAUGCUAUUGUAGAUUAGUUAAGGAAAAAUAAAAAUGGUGCAUAUUAAAGUAUACAUGUAGUAAGUUAUAAAGAUGUCUAUGAAUAAGAUAUUAGAAAUAUACUUAUUGAAGAUGAAGUUAGAGG